AUGGAAGAUAUCUUACGAGUAUUUGAUGAUAUGAUGGAACGCGGACAACUUAGUUUUCAAGAAUCACAGAGAACGAUGCAAGUCAACCACCGCCAAGCCCCCGCCCCCGCCCCCACCCCCACCCCCCGUCCCACCCGCGCCCUCACGCCGUACUCAUACGCAAACACAUCUUUCAACCAACACCAAUUUCUCAACACCCUCGCUUUCGGGGCCCACACCGUACAGCACUUCCAUCAACCCGUUAUGUUUCUUGGUGGCAAAACCAACGAGGGUGGCAUGAAGAACUUUGCACCGAAAAGUCAACUGAAAAGUCAACCGAAAAUUCAACACUCGGCUGGUCGAAGUGGUCAAAGCGGGGUUCUGUCCGAAACUGGCACAGAGCAAGUAUGGCAGCGCAUAAGAUGGACGGAUGACAUGGUCAAGGUUUUAAUCAAAGUAGCUUCUUACAUUGCAGAGAUUGCUUCUCCCGAUUGUACCGAUGGCGAAACAAACCCUUUACUCACUCCGAUAAAGGGCAAGUGGAGGUCGAUUUCGAAUAUAAUGGUGGAACGAGGCUACAUCGUGUCUCCGCAGCAAUGCGAGGACAAAUUCAACGACCUCAACAAAAAGUACAAGAGGCUGAGCGACUUACUCGGGGGACACGCUUCUUGCACUGUCGUGGAGAAUCCCCUGCUGAUGGAAUCUAUGAACAUUCCGGAAGAUUCCAAGGAGGAGAUCCGGAAGAUUCUGACGUGUAAGCAGCUCUUCUACAGAGAGAUGUACUCCUACCACAACAAGAGCACGAGGUUUCUCCCUCACGACCCCCCUCUGCAGCAGUUGGUUCGGUCGACUCUUAAGGGAAAAGUCAAGUACGAGUCUUCUCAGAGUCAAAGUUUGACUUUGGACAUGCCUGCAAAGAGACAGAAACACGGUGAGGGUAAUUGUGUAAUUAAUGUUGUGCCGGAGGGUAUUGAGGGGAAGAAGAGUGAGUGGGUUGUGCCUUGGUCGGUGGGUUUGGCGGAUAAGAAGUUGCGGAUGCAUAACGAGAUGAUGGAAUUGGAGAAAAUGAAGUUUGAGUGGGUUAAAGUGUGCCAAGAGGAGGAUAAGGAACUGGAGAGGUUGAAGCUGGAGAACGAGUUGAUUAAGAUCGAGAACGAGCGUUUGGAGUUUCAGAUUAUGUGCCGCCGCCAGAGGGGCAAUGCUCGUCGGUACUGA